AUGAGGGAGAACACUCUCUUUGGGAGAUAUCUCCAAGCACAGGCAGCAGAAGAGCAGAGAAGGAACACCAAGAGUAACAGAACCAGUAUGCUCAUUGGUACUACCACUAACAGCAUAUCCAACUCUCCAUUCCAGAAACCUACCACUCUCACUGCUGAGCCUGACCCUUGGGCAGGACCUCCUGAAGGAGUCAUCCACAUGAAUGAGAGACUGACAAUAUUCUCAUCCAAGGAGAUGGAAUAUCAGCAGACUGAGAAACUAUCAGAGGAGAUGAUGAGAGCAUUGACCUCACAGUUCUACCAAAACUUCCAUUGGUAUUGCAGAGCAAUGGUGGCAGUAGCAGUUUCCAGUAUGGCUGUCCCAGAGGUCUAUGACCCAUGUGACAGUUCCCUCCUCGAAGAGGAUGCAAGCAGCAAGACCACCAGUGGGGACACAGAUGACAAGAAGGAGGAGGAUCAUGAUGAGAGAGUCGAGGAUCCUCUAACUGACUGGGUCAGUUCAUGGAACAUACACAUGCUUGAAGAGAAGCAGAAAGAAUUAGCAUGGGAGACAUGCCAGAAGGACUUUAUAGAGCUGUACCAGAAUGGUACAACUAUAUUAUGGAUGGAUGACACCUAG